AUGACGGGCACCUCCUCCCCGCCCGCCUCCAGCAGCAGCACGCUCCAGUCGCCCACCUCGGCGAGGCGCGUGGCCAGCGCGCUGCCCGCCGCGCCCGCGCCCACCACCACGAAGUCGAACUCCUUGCGAUGGCCGCUAUCCACGGGCUCGCGCACCAGGCGGCGCUGCAUGUGGAAGACGGCCGGCACGAAGUCGGUGAGCGCGUUGACGAUGUUGAGGCUCGUGGGGAUGGGCACAAGUUCCCACCACAGGCCCAGCGCAAACAGCAACGGGAGCACUCCGAGUACUGCCCACCGCAUCUCGCCAGGGUUGGGCUUUGGUUACACUGUCAUUGGCUUUGACUGGCCUGAUGUCUCGUGGAUGGAGGUGGCUUUUGGUGACAGUAGAGCUCCGAAGAAUAAACUAAAAAUGUGGAGCCUUAAAACUGAGGCGCGAUCUGGCCCGACCGUUUGGUGCGUCUGGUCGCUCUGUGCGCACCGGGCGCGGCGCAUCCGUUGUGGUCUGCCCCAGCUCACGCCUCAACAUCGUUCACUCGCCACCACUCUCGUGCCGCGCCUCUUCCACAGCCAGCGCCGCCUCGUGCGCAGCACCGUGGGCAGAUACGGCCAUCCAAGGAGUUCUACCUUCGUGUUGAGCGCGGGCCGCUCGGGGCCAGCCCGCUGCCACCGCCUCCCCAUGUGGCGACUGAGCUGCUUCUGCAGGCUCUGGGAGGGAGUGGCCCUCAUGACAUCCCGUUCCGCUGAAUUUGGUGGGGAUGGAGGCGGAGGAGUGGAUGGAGGCGAAGGAGUUGAUGGAGGCGUUGGAAGAAAUGGAGGCGAUAGGACGAGGAUAGCGGUGAAAAACGAAAGGGUUGGAGGUGCGGAGAGUUUGCGAACUGUAUGUGGAAAAAUAGGAAACCAGGCGAACAGGACUUUGGAGGAACUAUCUGAUGGAAGCAGGGCUGGUUCGGCGUGGCUGGGCGCGCGCAGGCCGCAGCGAGUGGCGGACGGUACAGACACGGGGUAG